UUCUCCGAGCCCCAAAACCGGGUGAAGUGUCAGCUCCUGGGACGAGUCCUGCAUAAGCCGUAGCAUGGCUUCACCAACCUACAGCGCCGCUUCUCCAACGGCAGAAAUCUCCAGCAGUGGGGUGGAUGCAGCUAUCAUCGGAGGUGUGGUCGCUGCCGUCGUGGUGGUCUUUGUGUUCCUGCUGGUGGUCAUCCUCCGUUAUCUGUACAGACAUAAGGGGACCUAUCACACCAACGAGGCCAAGGGCACGGAAUUCGCCGAAAGCGCCGACGCCGCUUUGAAGAACGAUCCCUCGCUGCAGGAAGCCGUGGAUGAAACAAAAAAGGAAUAUUUUAUCUGAAAACCGGGAAAACAGCAAAAAAAAUGUAAAAA